AAAAAAGUCACUUGCGAACCUCUGUCAAGUGUCAACAGUCUUCGCUCUUCUGUGAUCGACGCAUUCAUUGAUAUGAAUAAUAAUUUUUAAACUUGAUUUGUGCUAUUGGUGCGUGAACAGUAACGAGUGUAAUGUCUAUCGACAAUAAUAGGUCUAAACUGGAAUUAAGGCUACGUGGAUAAUUAUUUUUACAAUGGAAGAUUUAUAUGGAAAUCUAGAAAACUAUAAUGAAGUGAAUGCUCUAGUAGAGUUGAAGAGCGAAAAUAUGCAACUUAAAAAGAAGCUUGAAGAUUAUGCUGGUGCGAUGGAGAAGCUACAAAAUAAUAUUUUGCAGGAUUUUGACUUGUUGUCAUCGGAGUUCAAGAAACUUGAGCACAACUACUCAUCAUUGCUGAAGACGGCCAGGUCGGAGAUAGAAAGGAAAACACAGAUUAUAACCAACAUUAAUAUGGAAAAAGAUAUGUUGGUCCUUACAGCACUUAAAAAUGGUAACAAAAGUGUUUUACAUAUGAGGAAAAAUAUGCCUAGUUAUACUAAAACAAUCAAUAGACACAAGGAUGAUGGAUCUGUGAAAAAGAAAAAAUACCAGGAAGCCAAAGAAGAUAAAAUGCAAUAUGACCAAAAUAAUGAAUCUGAUUUUGGAAAUAAAAGAUCAGAACAGAAUCCAAUACUUCCAAGUGAUGAAAAAGAUACUAUAGAAAACACAAUACAUAAACCGAAAAAGUUUAGAGUGGAAACACAUACAGAUUCUGGCAAUUAUGUGAAUAGUCACAUUAAGGAAAAUAUAACAUAUGAAAAUAAUCCUAACCCUGUACAAUUUAAGCCUAUGGAUAUAAAAAAUCGCCGCAAAUCUAUACCAGCCACAAGUGUUGAAGGGGAACAAGUGGGUUUCAGUGAAAACGACAGGAUAAAUAGGGAUUCACAACCAGAUGACUUUAUAAAGAAUAAAGAAGACAGAAGAUCAUUUUUAAAAUUUGAUAAUGAUAGACACAGUAGCAAAUCAUCAGGAUCAUCUUGUAGGGAUGAGAGGAUCUUGGGUUACCAUAAGCCUUCAAGAGACAUAUACAGAGGCAGAAAUUAUAAACAUGACAAUUACAAGCACAGAAUCAGAGAUAAAUAUGACACCUUUCAAAAACACAAAAGAUAUAGUCCUGACAGAUAUAAUAAUAAGCCUUCAAGAGAUUACUAUGAGGAAAAUUGCCACAAACUGGAUUUUAAUAGAAUUAGAACCCGAGAAAGUCCUGAUAGAUUUCACCAUAAUUCAUACAAAGAGUAUCGGACAUAUCACGAUAAAAAUAAUUAUAAUGACACUGAUAGACACAUGCAUAGCCCUGAGAGAUAUGUUGCCAAACAUAAAAUACCAUAUGAAUAUGAAGAGCCGUAUGCAAAAAAGCCAAAACCUUCUUAUUAUGUCAGGGAGAAAGAAGAUGUGAUGUGGAAUGGUAAGGAAAUAGUGGAACACCAAGAACUUACUGAAACAUUUGAAAGGUUAGAGGAGCAAUACACAUCGUGCAAGUCUCCUGAUCACAUAUACAAUGAAAAACCCUCUGAGCCUAAGGUAAUUAUGGAUACUGCAGAAACUCCACUGGACGAUCCUAGGUUAGCAACAAGUAAGUAUAUAUUAAGUAAUGACAAUGGCUUAGAAAGAUUAUCCACAAUAGUUGGGAGAAAUGUUGAUUUGAAACCAGUUGACAAGAUAAAAUGGAAUUUACCAACAGUGACUAUGCCUUGUGCCUUAACUCAGCCACCAAUGGAUGAACAGUUAAUUAAAGAUUUGUACACGGAUAUUGAUGAGGCACAAAUCAUGUCGCAAAUAAAUUCAGAAGAGGUAAGUACUGAUGUGCAACCCAUUCAAAAUGAGCAUAUGACAAAAGAUAAUCAAACUGAAGAUUAUCGUGAAAAUGUAAUUGACAAACCUAAUUGUAUGGAAAAAGAUAAAUUAAGUAUAGAAAAACCAAUACACGGAAGUAUUGCUAAUUGUAUUAUUCCUAAAAUAAAAAAAAGUCACCAGGAGUUCAAAGCAGACACAGUUAUUAAAGAAAAAUCUUUGGAAGUUAUUGAUACUUCAUAUCCAAGUGGCAAUAAUAUUGAUAAUAAUGAUCAACAAUAUUCUCCAAGCGAUAGCAGUAGAUUGCCACUGGAAAAUAUAGAAAAGUAUGGCCUAAUUAUGGCUAAUGAUUUUAAAAAUGGCCACAAAACUUGCGAUUUCAAAAAUAGUUUAGAUGAUAGUCGGAGAGUACUUUCAACUAGAGAAAUAGUUGAGGGUGAUUUAGAAUUAAGCGACGAGACUUGUGAUAAUACAGAAUUGCAGAAAGUGUUAAAUGAUAAUACCAUUGAAAAAAAUAAUGGUAACCUCCAAGAUAAUUCAACAAUUUCUGUUCUUGAAAAAGAGCAUAUAAAUCAGAAUAAUACAGAUAAGCUCUCAGAAAAUGAACCUUGUAAUAAAGAUAAUAAACUUCAAGAAGCAAAAUUGCCACAAUAUUGUGACAAUGUGGAAGAUCAUACUGAAUGCAGUAAGAAACAGAAAAGUAAAAAGAAGAUACACAAACACAAAGAUUCAGAACAUACUAUAGAGACUGUUGAAAAGAAACCCAAGCUGAAGAAAGAUAAAAAAGAGAAAUCAAAAGAAGCUACAUCAAAAUUUAAUGAACUCUUUGGUGACAGCAAUAGUCUGAUAACACCUGCUGAUUUAGGCAUUCCAGCACCACAUGCACCAAAUUCAUCCCAGAAUACAGCCAUUUACGUGCCAAUAUUUGAAGAUGCUCUAGAUGCAACAGACCUAGAACAAAACGUACAAGUUAACACAUCAAAAUCAAAAAGUAUUGGGGAAGAGAAAACUAGUGCAGAAAAUGAUGAUAAAAUACGUGUAGACUUACAUCUUGACAACUUUUGCAAAGGUCCUCCAAAACUGAAACACUAUGAUACAAGAAUAUCAAACGAAUCAAUAACUAAUGCUAUCCAUGAUAAUACAAAAUUACAGACUGUUAAUAAGGAAAAUGAUGUUGUGGCAACCAUAAUCAUUUCAUCAGGAAUACAACCUGAUGAAAUUAAUACAGAAUCAAGAGCAGAAUCACUUGUGAAUGCUGAAGAACUACUUUCAGAUGAUAUUGAACAAGACCAAGACGCUGUGACACAUAAAACCCAAAAUGUACUUAUUAAAGCUCUGGCAACAUCCACACCCUAUAAACAUGUGCACCAAAUAGACUCCAAACUACCAGAGUUAACUUGUGUUUCAAACAGUACCUUAACAAAUACUGAUUGUGCGGAUACCUUGGUAUCCAACAAAAACAAUAAAAUAGAGCCAACAAAUGAGGACUUACCUGAUGUAAGAAUAUUUGUAAAAAGAAGAAGAAGGAUAGUUAAGACUGCAAAGUAAUUAUUAGAUGUUUAUUAAAUAUGAUAUUGUUUUCUUUUACAUAUCUUGUGCAAAAAAUCUAUACUUGAUUGACAAUACUCAGUUUUAUGUUAAUUGUAAAAACUACCUAAGGCCAAAAAAUUUUAAGAAAAAACGUCUAUGUUUGUCUGUCUGUUUUUAUGUAAAUUUUUCGUUAAUGAAAAUGUGGAGCCAUAUUUUUUUAGUUAGUGUUAUGAUACCACCUCUUAGUUAAAUAUGAUGUAUUUUUUAAUUUAUACAAGUUGUGUAAAAAGAUGUCCAAAGUUUCAUGAAUUCUUUUGGUUUUUCUUGUCUAUCUUGUUUGUAACCUUUGGCAUAAAAGAAGAAAAAUUAAACACAGAAUAUGCAUUAAAGCGGAUACAGUAACUUGCCUCUAUAUAGACAUAUGUAUCAGUUUCUCUAUAUUCAACAACACAUACAAAAAAACAUUAUUAUAUCAAAUUAUGAUUCAAGGACUCGAUCAUGGACAGUAAGAUUGACGAUAAUAUACUUUAUAGAUAUGGCAUAUGGUACUGAAUUUUAUGUGUUGGAAGUAUGAAAACCCAUGGACAUUGUACAGUUUGAGCACUACUUAUAAGCCUACAAAGCAAUGUAGUAAGUGCUAUUACCCAACUGGUAAUUACUUUUCCCUGUAAUAAUUUUAAUAAAUUCCAAUAAAAUCGGUUGAUUCGGGCGAAACAAUUACCUUCGUUAUUAUAAGUUUGGAUGUGUAAUUAUAACUGAAGAAAUUGAAAAAGACAAUGAUAUGAUUUACUUCAGCAUCUCUAUUUACACAAUGAACGUGAGUGAUGUGUUUAAAUAGAUUUUUAUUAUUAAAGUAAAAAAAAAUAUUUGAGUAGUGUUUCUACCACAAACUGUAACUUAAGAGACUACAUCGAUGACGUAAAUACGGAGUCCUAAAAUUGCAAUCGUAUCUGCCUACCUGUUUCAAAAUGGUAGGUGACUGCAAAACAGAAUCUGUCAUUAGAAGUGAAUUUCGUAUUUAUUAUUUUUUCAUAACUGGCAACAAACUAUUAGCACUUAAAGAUUGUAUAAAUUUAAAGAUGAUUUUUUUUAAUUAAGUAAUAUUUGACGCACAUGUUGCUUUAAUCGUCCUGGAGUAUUAUUUUUUGUUUUAAGAAUGUCUUACGAUUUGUACAUAAUAUGUACUAUAGUUUUUGCACGCGGCAAACAUCGUCAUUAUCAGGAUAUUUGAUUUUUAUGUUUAAUUAAAAUACAUAUUAAAUACCCA